AUGCGCGCGCUCGGCGCCGUCGCGGCGCUCGCGCUCGCGCUGCCCCCGGGCGCGCCGAUCGUCCGCAUCGCCGAGACAAAGUACGACGUCGACGAAGCCGUCGUCUUCGACGACCAGCGCGCGCUGCCGUCGCUGCUCGCGGACUUCAGGGAACUCGACGUCGACUGGCCGUCGCUCGGCUUCGACGGCUGCGCGUCGGCGGACUGCGCGGCGGCGGGCCUCCUCGCGGAACUGAGGCGCAGACGCGUGACCAUCGCCGACGAUGCGCGCGGGUUGAUCGUGAAGAUCGCGGCCGUGGGCGAGAUCCUCGUGCCGCGUGACGCCCGCGGCUCCCCGCCGACGGAAGGCGACGUGUCGACGGCGCUCCGCGCCUGGGGCGUCGACGGCGCGCGCGACGUCGCGGCCGCCGCCGCCGCCGCCGCCGCCGCGCGGCCGCCGACGACCGCCGACGCGGCGCUCCCGCCCUGGCCCGUCGACCGCGCCGCCGCGGGCGAGGACCGGCCCAUGCCCGGCUGCCGCGCGCCCCACGUGGAGAAUUGCCGGCGCUACGUCGCCAUGCAGCGCAAAUUCUACGACCCCGCGGCGCAGGAGCUCGUAUCCGGGAACCACGUCAUCCACAACGACGCCGCGGAGUACUGGGGCAUGAUCCUGAAGCCCGUCGUGCGGGACCCGCGCGUCUGGCGGGGGAAGCGCGCCCUCGACGUCGCCUGCGGCGGCGGCCGCAACGUGGCGAACCUGCUGCGCCUCGCGGCCUGGGACCGCGUCGACGGCUGCGAUUUGGUGGCGCGGCACGUCGAGGGCGCGCUCGCCUUCGUCGGCCGCGACGGCUGGGACCGGUCCAAGUUCCAUGCGUGGCAGUCGGCCGGCGCGGGGCUCGCGGCCGCCGACGGCCGGGCCCCCGCGCCCGUCGACGAGUACGACUUCGUCAUGUCGACGAUCGCGCUGCAGCACAUCUGCGUCUACGUCGUGCGCCGGGGCAUCCUCGAGGACAUCCUCGCGGCGCUGCGGCCCGGCGGCCUCGUGUCGCUCCAGAUGGUGUACCGCGCCCCGCACGAGGCGCCGCUGGACCCGGCCAGACACGCGCCCUACGACGCGAACGUCUUCGACGCGAACGGCACGAACAGCGACCACGACGUCCGCGUCACGGACCUCGACCGCGUCGUCGAGGACCUCGAGGACAUCGGCUUCGUCGACGUCGAGUACGAGGUCGGCGGCUGGCACCUCGGCUACGUCGUCUCCUACCCGGACCAGUGGCUCAUCGUCUACGCGCGCAAGCCCGGGCCCGCGACGGACUCGGAGCAGCGCGUGUAG